AUGAAAGUAUAUUCAGAGCUGAUCAGAUUAAUUGAAAACGGAGAAAAAGUAAAAUCCUCUGCGGUUCACCUUUAUGACAAAAUUACCUACUUAAUCGAAACAAUCAAAGCUGAACUCGAACUUUUAAAUUUACAAAAACAGACACUACAAGCAGCUGUAGAUCAUUAUAUUGAUCUAGCUCAGCUUUUUCAAGACAGAAAUGCUAUCAUAAAUAAUCUUCUAUAUCCUAGAAGUCUAACACAUAUGAAUGAUGACUUGUGAGUUCUUAUGAGCACCUAUAAAGACCGCAGGGCAUAUGGUCCAGGAACUGAAGCUGUUAGCAUGCUGCUUAACAAUCAAGCUAUUUUUUCAAAAUUUUCAAGCCCUGCUUCAUUGAUAAAAGAGCUUGUGGAUUUAGACUGCAAUGACAUAUCUGAUUCAAUUUUUUAUAAGAAGGGUAAGUAUGAUAGGGAUAGAUUGAAAUUAAAGGAUUAAACUAAUUAUUUCCUUUUUAAAUAGUCUAGCUUAAAAGCUCGUGUGGAGCUAGGCACUAUCCUUUUCCUAGAUCCAGAAAAAAUGGCGAUUUCGCUAGUCUUACAUGGAAAAUAACCCAACUUUAUAGCAAAAGACUUUCUUAACGCCUGUUAGUGCUCAGAGUAUGAAAGAAUGGUCUUACCUCCUUCUGAGACUACCUUCACCAUUUAAAGGUAGCAAAAUGCUCCUCCAGAUUGUGAGCUGAUGAUGCUGUCGGUAUUUUUAUCUUACAGGCCGAGGACAAAGGUUUGGCUAAUCCACCCAGAUUAGUUUCUAAAUGCGAGCCUAUAGAUCCCUCGGCAGUAUCUGAGAUGGUAGGACUUCAUUCGCCAAAACGUCGAAUUAUGAAGCAUUCGAAGAUGCAGAAAAAGAAUUAGUAUCAAAGUCAAAUAAAAAGAUUAACGAAGGGAUAGGAUUAAAACUCAACAGGGUAUCAAAUAUGAAAGUAUUAUUAUAAAUAAUUAUAAUAGCCAAUUUUUUAUGGUUUAUUGCCAACAAUAAACGCUAAUAGGAAUAGAUUAAUACAAAUCGGGAAUUAUUCAUAUACAGAAGAGACUCUUUUUCAAUGGCUCGUAAUUACUUUUGAUUGGGUUGAUGCUAUGAGAAAAUAUUAUCCGUUUUUAACAAGCUUUAGGGAAAUAGAAAAAUUAGUUAACCAACAUUUUCUAGAGUUUAGCAAGCUUGAAGAAAUAAAGAAAUUGAUUAAAAAUAAAGAUUCAGAAUUAAAGCAGUUAGAAAGCUAUGAGCUUAAAAUAAUUGAGAAAUUCAAGAGUGAUUAA